AAAAAAAGAAGUUGGAAAUGGAUGUGCAUGAAGUUAGAAUAAAUUCUCCAUAAUUAUUUUACUCAGUACUUCCUCAUUUAAUGCAAAGACAACAUCAAGCACUGCAUAAGCCUACUACAAGUGAAGGUUUAUUUGUAAAGAGCUAAUGCAAAAGGAUCAAUGGGAUAAAUGUUGAGCUUGUGUUGUUGUUAAACCAUAGGUGGGGUUGAAGGGUUGAUUCCAUUGUAGAUUUUGCAGUCAAUCACAUAACAACUACCCCUCAUAUAGCCUUACUUCCCCUGGAUAUGUUCCUCUCAAUAAUGCAUAGGAAUCACUUAAAGAUGGACAAAAAGACUAUAGAUAGAACAAAACGUGUAAAUAUGCACUAUUUACCCAACUUUCCAACCAUUUCUAAGAAUAACCAGAGAAACAGUAGUAACAAAUUUUUAUCCACAUCUUCAAGCAAUUUCUAGUUUUAGAAUCUUAAGUGAAAACCAUCAGCAGAUUACUAAGGAACGAAAAGAGACAUUAAUGUCCCCCACAACAGGUCUUUCAAUCAGUAUAUAAAGCCUCAUAACACAAGUAUCAAACUCACCAUCUUGAUUUACAAGCCAUUCUUAAACUACUAUAGCAAUAUCAGACCAUUUCUGUGUGAUUCUUCUCUUAUUCAUAAUUCUUCUUCAAAGGAAAAUGAGCUGGUCUGGAGGAGAUUGGAUGUGUGGUGCUUGCGAGCACAUAAAUUUCAAGAAGAGGGAAGCAUGCCAAAAUUGUGGAUACCCCAAGUAUGGAGGACCUGAUCCAUCAACCUAUAGAUAUAGCAGGACGGAAGCGUUGGCAGGGGACUGGUUUUGCACCGCUAUGAACUGCGGAGCUCACAACUACGCCAGCCGAUCGAACUGCUAUAGAUGUGGUGCAUUUAAAGAUGAUUAUUCUUCUGGAUAUGGCGGGACCAUGACAAGUUCUGGAGGAUAUGGAUCUGAUUGCAGUUCUCCCCCAGGAUGGAAACUUGGAGACUGGAUUUGCCCUAGAACUGGCUGUGGAGUGCAUAAUUAUGCUAGCAGGACAGAAUGCUUCAAAUGCAAAAUGCCUAGGGAUUUUGGUGAGAAAAGUGGUGCAGACUGAAAGUAAAAAGAAUUUCAGAGGACUUGCAAUAUCACCUAUUUAGCUUUCCCUAUGUCAAGCUCUAGAUAAAUCAUGGAUGAAUGCCUUCUGUUGGAAAAUCGUAGCAAUGUUUUUUUCAUUAGGAAGAAUAUCCUGCUGUUAUUGUUUCUUGCCUGAUGUACUAACAAGAAGGUUAUGAAAUCCACGUAUUAAUUUCCGUCUUCAUUACUGAGA